AUGACAACUGAACCACUACACUACUGUGGCUGCUUGAAACGCAAUGAAAAUGACAUUUUUACUUGGGUAAUAUCAAGAGAUUUCUUGUUGUCGUUGACAAAAGGAAUAGUAGUAUCGCCCAUGAUUAAUAUGAGUAAUGACGAUGACAAAAAAUUUCGAUUGGAACUCCACAAAUGUCAAUCUCUAGAUCGUUCUUUACAACCUAAUAUAAUAAGAGAAAGUAUCCGAUUAUUUCUAUGCUACCUUAAAGAAAACUCAUCAUUAAUGUGUAAAUACAGCAUAUCAGUAAUCAUGGAUGGUGAAAUUAUUGAUGCUCGCACAGAUUAUUGUACAUUUUCUACGAAUUGUAGUGAAGCAUUGAUUUUCAAUAUGCCCUCAAUGAAGAUCGAUCAAGAGAUUAUAUACAGUUACGAUGUGCAUAUUCGCUGCAAAUUAACAUUUGCUACGGAAAAUAUAGAGCCGUUUCUCAAGUAUGAUUUGGCACAAACGGUACCCAAAUACAAUUUCGAUUGCAUAUUUCUUAAUAAAGAUUUGAGCGAUGUGACGCUACGAACUGCAUCUGAAAAGGAAAUUCCUGCGCAUAAAAUCAUGCUUGCUACUGCCAGUCCAGUAUUCAAAGCCAUGUUCAACCAUGAUAUGCUAGAAAAACAAAGUCAAAUAAUUGACAUGAUCGAUGUUAGUUAUGAAGCUGCAGUCGAAAUGCUGCGAUACAUCUACACAGGUGAUGUUGGAAAUGAUGAAAAUUCCUUGACAACUGAGCUAUUGGCAGUUUCUGACAAGUAUCAACUUGAUGACUUGAAAUAUAGGUGCGAAAAAAUAUUGAGCUUUCAGUUAUCUUCUUACGUAAAUGCCGUUGAGAUGCUAAAAAUUAGUGAUACAUACAGGGGGAAAUAUUUGAAAAAAAAAUCAGUCGAUUUUAUUAGGAGUAUUUUAAAUGGACCAUUAUUGAACUAUGAAGAAAUAAGUAAUAAGAUUCUUAGUAUAGCCCAAAUUGUUUCAAAAUAA